UUUCAAGCGUCCCGCAUGCCGAUUGGCUCUCCGCACGCCGCGCUCGUCGCGAGCCUCUGGGGCGCGUGCGCAACGGCGGCCUCGCUGCGUAUCCAGAAUAGCUCCGACCCGCCCGCCCCGAGGGCGGUGUUUGCGCUACCUGCGUAUUUUACGUACCGUCUCUCUCCACCGCCCGGCCGCCUCUAUACUCCAACUGCGUGGAUCGCCGCCCCGCUUACACACUUUUCUCCGCAAAGUCUCUGCCUCGGCCGGGUCUUUCGCUACGCAAAUCGCGUACGCCGAGACCACCCACCUGUGGCAACGCUACAACUACCGCCGCUUCCUCGCAGCCGCCCGGGCCUGGGGCCGCGCCGCCGCCGCGGAGGCAGGGCGCCGAGGUUCGUUCCACAUCCCGCGAGGCACCGGCCUCUUCCUUCUCCUGCUCCGUACCCGCCGCCCCGGGCCGAGGAAGAGGCGGUGCUGCCACCUCGCGUGGGGCCGGGGGCCAUUGUGUCCGGCCGCAAAGCCCACAGACCGUCGUGUGGCACCGACGCCGGGCUCGCAGACCGUCGUGUGGCACUUACUUCCAGCCCACAGAGCUUCGUGGGCACCGACAACAGGCUCGCAGACCCUUGUGUGGCACCGACGCCGGGCUCACAGACCCUCGUGUGGCACUGACUUCCACCCAAUAGACCUUCGUGGGCACUGACAACAGGCUCGCGGACCCUCCUGUGACACUAACUUCCAACCCACAGACCUUCGUAGGCACCAACAACAGGUUCGCAGAGCCUCGUGUGGCACCGACGCUGGGCUUGCAGACCCUAGUGUGGCACUGACAUCCAACCCAUAGACCUUCGUGGGCACCAACAACAGACUCGCAGACCCUCCUGUGACACUAAUUUCCAACCUGUAGACCCUUGUAGGCACCAACAGACUCGCAGGCCCUAGUGUGACACCAACACCAGCCUGGAGACCCUUUUUGUGAUACUGACACCUGGCCUGUGGACCCUCGCCUGACAACAGUGCCUGGCCUGCAGACCCUCGUGUGGCACCGACUCCCAGUCCACAGACCCUCGUGUGGCACCGACUCCCAGUCCGCAGACCCUCGUGUGGCACUGACACCCGGCCUGCAGACCCUCGUGUGGCACUGACUCCCAGCCCGCAGACCCUUGUGCGACACCAGCACUCGCUACAAGAAGCCCUCCUGUCACGGUGACCCACAGCUGCUUCCAAAGCCGCACGGGUCCUUGAGGAGUCGCUGAGCAGGACGACACUGUCAGCAGGCGGCCCGUGAGUGCAGUGUGUGGGUAUCGGUGCGCAGGGAGCCCGGGGCUGCUGUGC